AUGAGAAUCGCCGAGAUCUCCACGCCGGAUUUCCGGUUGCUUCACCGGGAAACCGAGUCGCAUACUCAACAUCCUCUUAUCUCCGAGAUCGAGCUCUUAAUCCAACAAUCUGAAGGCAUUUCUAGAGAUCAGCCGCUACCACAAGCUCUCCCUACUUCUCUCAGACAAUCCCUGACUCGGCUGAGUCAACUCGCUCCAUUUCCCAGUAAUUCCUUCAAGCUCACUAUAUGGAAGCUCAGCUUUCGCCUCUGGAACGCCUGCGUUGAUCUCUCCAAUGCCGCUACUCUCCAAUCCUCUUCAACCUCGGCCGAGAGCGUCGCGAAUCUCAGACAUGUUGCCGCCGAUAUGCUAUUCCUCGCUAGAGACGUCACCGGGGUCCCGUCUCCGACGAUCAAGUGCUCUCUCUUCUACCAUCGGACCGGCCUCGUAUGGCACAGUCUUAAAAAGUUCGAUCUCGCCUCCAAUUGCUUCGAGCGAGCCACCGAAAUCCUCUCGAAGAUUGAUAUCGCGAAAAUAUCCGAUGCCGGAGAAAGGAAACUGUUUCUGGAUCUAAAUCUAGCGCGAUCUCGAACUGCCUGGGAAAUUUCUGAUAGGAAUCUGGCUGUAACGCUGCUCAAUCGGGCGAAGAAUAUGCUGUUUGGCUCACCGGAUCACUACAAGUCGCUCUCAAAUCAAUUCCUUGCGUUUGGUAAAAGCGCCUUGUCCAGAGACGACGACGAUUGCAGUCUAAACGAUGCUCUCAGGCUCAUGAAUGAAGCGCUGGAUCUUUGUGAGAAGGGGCUAGCUACCGCAAAAACUCGGGAAGACACCAUGGAGUUCACAGGCAUGAGAACCAAAACUCUCCGUUUCAUAUCAGCAGUGCAUCUGCAGAAGGGAGAGUACGAUAGUGUGAUCAAAUGCGUGAAAGUUCUCAGAAAUGGAGGAAAUGGCAGUGAUGGAGCAGAUCAGCACGCUUCAUUACCUGUGCUGGCGAUGAAGGCUUGGUUAGGGCUUGGGAGGCAUAGCGAGGCAGAGAAAGAGCUGAGAGGUAUGGUGGGAAACAAAGACAUUCCAGAGGCAGUGUGGGUAUCUGCAGUGGAAGCAUAUUUUGAGGUGGUGGGGACUGCUGGAGCCGAAACUGCAAAGGGUGUGUUCUUAGGUCUGCUUGGUAGGUGCCAUGUUAGUGCCAAGGCGGCGCUUAGAGUUGCCCACCGAGUUCUUGGUGAGAGCAGGGGAGGAGAUAGUGGUUCUAAAAUUAGGGCCACGGUUGUGGCUCAGCUUGUAUCAGACGAGAGGGUUGUUGCUCUCUUUGCAGGUGAAGCAGUGACUAAGGAGAGGAAGGCAAUACAUGCUGUUCUGUGGAAUAGUGCUUCAGAUCAUUUCCGUGCUAAAGAUUUUGAGACAAGCGCAGAGAUGUUUGAGAAAUCGAUGCUCUACAUUCCUCAUGAUGUAGAAAAUAGAGUUUUCAGGGCCAAAGGCUUCAGGGUUUUGUGUCUUUGCUACCUCGGGCUCUCUCAGCUAGAUCGAGCUCAUGAAUACAUAGAAGAAGCUGAAAAGCUUGAGCCCAAUAUCGAUUGCUCUUUUCUUAAGUUCAAGAUCUACCUGCAAAAGAAGGAUCACAGUUGUGCCAUCGGUCAGAUCGAUGCAAUGACGUCCUGCCUUGAUUUCUCUCCAGAUUUUCUGUCCCUUUCAGCGCAUGAAGCUAUAUCUUGCCAAGCGCUUCCAGUUGCUAUAGCUUCUCUUUCCAAGUUUCUCAGCUUCUACAUCGCAGGGAAAACCAUGCCAACCACAGAGGUCGUGGUCUUCCGUACAUUAGUCACCAUACUGACUCAAGACAUUGGCAGCGAAACCGAAGCCCUCAACUUUUUGUUACAAGCUCAGAGCAGGGCUUCUAAGCUUGGGACAGAGUGUUUCUUUGGAUCAGGAGAGACAGGAAAGCGAGAGCAGAACUGGUUUGCUGUGACUUCCUGGAAUCUUGGGUCAAGAUGUGGGAACGCAAAAAAGUAUGAGCUCUGUAGUGAAUUCUGCAGGCUGGCAUCCGAGUUUUACGGCUAUAUGGAAACUGGCGAGUCUGGAGACAACGCAAUAAUGAUUUGCAGGUCCCUAAUAUUAAGUGUCACCGCUAUGAUUGCUUUGGAGAAGCAAAACAAGAGCCCACUGAGUGAAUCCCAAGUGAAACUCGCUGCAGAAUUGCUCGUGAGAGCCGGAAAGAUUAUGGCUUCUUGGCUCUCGGAUGGUAAAGACUGUAUCAUGGAGCCAGAACUCAUCUUCAUGUACACCUUAAAUGCCUAUGACAUACAAGGAAGGCUCAACAAUUCAGCAUUCCAGCUACUUGUGGUAAAGACUUUCGCUGGUUCCAAGUCUUGUAACUACAACUAUCUCCUCCAACUUGGAAUUUUCGCCUCUCAAAGCCCACGGUCAAACCCGGACGUGUCAACAUUUGCGCUCAACGAAUGCCUAUCCGCAAUGAUCGCGUCUGCUUCACCAGAUUACCCAACCAUAGCUCUCAUAAUCAGGAAGCUGAUCGCCAUAUCCAGCGUCCACAAAGGCGAUACUGAGGAUGAAGAAGCAAUCCAAAAGAUGUAUAAGCAAGCUUACAGAAUCAUGGUCGGGUUAAAGGAAGGAGAAUACCCAACCGAUGAAGGGAAAUGGCUUGCAAUGACAGCUUGGAACCGAGCAGCAUUGCCUGUGCGGCUAGGACAGUUUGAGACUGCUAAAAAAUGGCUGAGUAUUGGUUUGGAGAUCGCUGAGAAGGUUACAGGUAUGGAUACUUAUAGAGCUUGUAUGGAGGAUUACUUGGCUGGUUUUGCUUCCAAAGUUUCUUCUGCAGCUGGGUGA